GAUUUGACUUCACAUACGUCGUCUAGCCAGCGAAUCGCCAGCCAGCUUGGCUCUGACGUCACGAAGGUGUCUACCAGUUAGAGCUAGCCUGCAACUGCCUGCCUCCUCCGCCAGACUUGGGCUAUAUUACCACCCGCGCGGUCCUGCCCUCAACUAGUUGUACCCGCUCAGCCACUGCAGUGACAAGCCUCCUGAUAGCAAGAACAGUUAGUUUUCCCGCCAUUACUGAUCUCCACUCAGGAUCAGAAGCACCAGAAAUUCUCAUUGCAUUUUCCGCAAGUUUUGACUCGAAGUUUAAACAGAAAAAACAAACUUUACGGGGAAAUAAAAGUGCGUGAACUAACUCUGACAAGACUUCGCAGUGACCAAAGCUAAAGCAGACGGGAAAGAAAACCGCGAACUCCUUUCUCCCAACCUCCUCCCGAAGAAGACAGCGAAAGUGUCUCCCUUGCAGCCUCACGCCUCCAACCUCCCAGUCAUGUGCUUCACCAACAUGAACGGGCCACACGUAGAAAUCUCGGGCGUGGCGACGCUCUGCUUCGACGAGGAGGGCACGUGGUUUCAGGGGUCGAUCACGGCCGAAGACGAUGCCCAGUACGCGAUCUACGGCACCAAGUCGCUGAGGAAGAGGAGUGGCACAGACGCAUGUGCUUGCCCCGGCCUGGACGCGGGGCCCGGAGUUCCCGUGACCUUCGACAUCCGCGUGGUGGACUGCGAGGUGGGCGAGGAAUACAGCCUGAAGCGCGUCCACGGCCGUAAUGGCGAGCUGUGCACCUUCGCCUGCUCGGCCAUCAGCUUCACGACGGAGAAGGUGUACCGCGGGCAGAAGGCCGACAUGAUUGCUCAGCGGUGUUUGGGACACAAGAUGGCCGGCUCUCGCAACCACGUGUACAAGGGCCCCAUCAGGCUCCACUGCAUGCCCGUCCGCCGCAACAUGCACUGGGUCUUAUGAGCGGUCGGCCUUCCUUCAGCGAAGUGCUUCCGCGCCUUCUAGGGUCGUCGUGCCCUACUAACGGGACCAAGCGAUCUGCAGCUUCAACGACAGAAAGCCCUUCGACGCCGAGCAGGUUGAGGAAACCGCCUGCUCGGAUCUUCCAGGAAAUGCAGGCCGAUGUUUAAGCCUUCCGUCAUGGAGGUCUAACUGUGAGAUCUGUAUGGGUUGUCUUGAGAAAUCGCACGUCUUAAGCCUUGCGAGGUCUUUACCACAGCUCUUUGUUCAAGGAAGGACACUGUCAUUUCCCGCACAAACACGUGUCAAAGCCCCUUUCUCUCCUGCCACAAGAGGGACUUCGAGAGAAGCAACCUUGCGCCUCUUAUCACUGAACUACCCUCCACUCCUACAGCCUCUCAUUCAUCUCCAAGACUGUGAAAAAGGGACGUUUCCUUGACGCUUGAAACCAUGAUUUCCUUUUGGGGUGUGAGCGAAUGUACUGCAUUAAAUGUGCACUUCACAACACUGGCGGAUUAGAAGUGGUUUACCAAGGUAGGAGGGAUGGGGUGGGGGAAGCUGUAUUUCCUAACCAUAACUGAUCGCGUCGGUUAUGUAAGAUAAUGUAUUAGUAGUAUAUAAGGCAAGAUGAUGUAUCUAAUAAUUGUCAAGUAUGUACUAAGAAUGUAAUGGUUUAUUUCUUUAAACUUUAAUAAAAAAGUAUCUAAU